AGCGCAGAGCCAUGGCUUGACUAAGGCUGAUUCCGCUGCAAGCAAGUGUGCACAUUCACAUCAGAAGGAAUACAGGGACAGCGUGUGCUCACGGCGGAGGCUCGGCGGCUGAAAUGUGGUUUUUGGGUUCAAGGGACACAAGGCUGGAAUUUCACAGGAGACACAUGGGGAGAGCAAGUUAGGAAGAGGAGAGGAGAGGAUCGGGUUUCUCAGCCGCUCUGUACCCUAAUCCUGGAUUUGAAAGCAGGAUGAGAAGAACACAGGAGAUUCACCCUUGCCCAUCAUUAUGCACCAUGGCUCUACCAGUGAGUGUCUGCCAGCCACCUCCCAUGCUCAGAGCAUGGUCGCUGCAGUAUCAUCUGGGCUGUCCCUGGGUCAGCCCUCCAAGCGCUCCCACAUGCACCUGCCCACUUCCUCGCUUGGGAAUGCCCUCAGUAACACCCCCGCAAGCUUACAUUACCCAGUCACCCCCUGUCACUACACCAACCAGCAAGCCACCUAUGGCAUGAUGACAGCACAGGAGAUGCUCUCUGCCAGUAUUUCUCAGACACGCAUCCUGCAGACCUGUGGCGUCCCUCACCCCAACAUGGUGAGUGGUGCAAACGCAUUGCAAGGAUCUCUUACCUCUUGCUUGUACAAGUUUCCGGAUCAUGGCCUAAGUAGUGGUUCUUGUGCAUUAAGCCAUGGUUUCUCCUCACUGCCCUCGGCCCUCCUUUCAACUGAUGAGGCCCCUGGAGGCCCAAGUGGAGAGAUGAAAAGUGACUGCCAAAGGAAGAGUAUGCGGGACCCAGAAGAUGCACCUGCCAUGGAUUCUCCGCAGAUACGAGAGCUGGAGAUGUUCGCAAAUGACUUCAAAAUACGAAGGAUCAAACUUGGGUACACUCAGACUAAUGUAGGAGAGGCUCUUGCUGCUGUGCAUGGUUCAGAGUUCAGCCAGACCACGAUCUGCCGCUUUGAAAAUUUGCAGCUGAGCUUUAAGAAUGCCUGCAAACUCAAGGCCAUUCUGGCUAAAUGGCUUGAUGAAGCUGAGCUGGCAGGUGCUUUGUACAAUGACAAAAUAGGAAUGAAUGAACGGAAGAGAAAAAGGAGAACAACUAUCAGCCUUGGAGCUAAGGAGGCCCUGGAGCGCAGCUUUGUGGAGAAAACUAAGCCAUCCUCUCAGGAAAUAGCCCGGAUAGCCAAAGGCCUCCAUCUGGAGAAGGAGGUGGUCAGAGUCUGGUUCUGCAACCGACGCCAAAGAGAGAAACGUGUUAAAACCAGCCUCAACCUCAGCUCCUGUUUGACCAAAAUCAGUCCAAGCUGCAUAGCACAGAUGAGUAAAACGCAAAGAGCAAUGACAUAAUUUAAGGCCUGAUAAGCGUUUCUGUGAGGGAGGCUCUUUUAUGGGCAUGAUUAAAAAUGUGCUCUUUUCAAAAAAUAAAAUGUCCACCAGCAAUUAUUCCAA